AUGGAUUAUUCAACAAUGAGAACUCCUUCGGCUUCUUCUCCUUCCUCGGCUUUCGCUGCCAGUACUUCCAAUAAUGCAAUAAUAAUUCUGCUACUAUAUUUUAGCUUUCUGGUUACAUUAUGUUCUGGUUCCGUUCUAUACCCGUCCGAUAUGUCAAUAGCAGUUCUCAUAAAAGUUGAUCCCUCCGGAAACGGAGAUUAUGUGACUAUACAAGACGCCAUCAAUUCUGUCCCGCCUGACAAUUCAGAAUUUGUUUUCAUAUCGCUUAAACCGGGAAGUUACAGGGAAAAGAUCGUCGUACCGGCUGAUAGGCCCUUCAUCACGCUUAGUGGCAUGGACGCGGAUACUACCAUCAUAACAUGGGACGACGGAGGAGAUAUUUAUCAGUCUCCAACGUUCACUGUUUUCGCUUCUAAUUUUGUGGGAAGAUAUCUCACAAUUCAGAACACAUUCGGACCGAGCAAGAAAGCGGUCGCACUGAGAGUAUCCGGAGAUAAAGCGGCGUUCUACGGGUGUAGAAUUCUUUCUUAUCAAGAUAGUCUCCUGGACGCUCACGGAAUGCAUUAUUAUAGGGAUUGUUACAUAGAAGGUGGAACUGAUUUCAUUUGCGGAAAUGCAGCUUCUGUUUUCCAAAGAUGUCAUUUACAUUCACUCUCAAAAGGAACAGGCGCUAUAACGGCACAAGGGAGGGCGUCACCAGAAGAGAACACCGGAUAUAUAUUUUUAGGAUGCAGUAUAACAGGGGUAGGAACAGCACUACUGGGAAGACCAUGGGGUGCUUACUCUAGGGUCAUCUUUGCUUUAACUUACAUGCCAUAUCAUGUCAUUUUACCUGUUGGUUGGAAUGACUGGGGUGAUCCGACCAAACAAAGUACUGUGUAUUAUGGGCAAUACAAUUGCUAUGGAGGAGGAGCAAAUGUGUCAGGAAGGGCUGAAUGGUCGCAUGUGUUAUCAGAUGAAGAAGCUGCACCUUUCCUGACUAAAACAAUGAUCGGCGGAAGAGAUUGGCUUAGACCUGUCCCAACCAGGUUCCAUAAAAUGCCUAAUUCAUCUCCUACUACUACCACAACAACAGCGCCACCGCCAGCAGCACCACCACAACAACCAACAACGGAACAACCUUCUUCGCUGGCUUAGAAUUGAAAUUGUCAUGUGAAUUUCUUAUCCUUGUCAAAUACUAGAUUCUUUGACAGAUUUGUGCAAUUUAACAAAUAAACUGUUUAUAUGUUUUAGAGUCCAAAAUACACUGAACCAGCAAGUUCUUACA